AUGGAACGCGAAAUAUCGAUCAUCUCGCAGGCCGAAGCGGCUCAGCCAAAACUCGUCAUUGCCUUGGAAUACGUCGAAAUCGAAGAGGCUUUCAACUUCUACAUCAGGAAGGUGAGGAUGAAGUUUUUUUAAAACUAAUUAUCGCACAAGACAGGUAUUUUAAAAAAAAAUGGGAAAAAUGAGAAUUUCUCAUUUUUUUUUCGAACUUUAUACUUCUUAAUUUGGUUCAGAAUAUUCAGUUUAGUGAUAUAUUAACUUUAGAAAAUAUUUUCUGAUCGGAAAAAAAUGAAAAAAAGUAACAUUUGACCGUCGAUUAACGGACUUCUAUGAAAAAAAAAAACGUUGAAAUACGUGAUUUUUUUCGGUUCAAAAAAACUCAAAAAAAUGAUGAAAUAUAAUAAUUGUACAAUUAGAAAUCUGCUGAUAAAACAAACACUCUUCAAAAAUUGACCCUAAAAAGCUACGAAAAAAAAUUCUAAUUUUUUCAAUUACCUCCAAAACUACUUAUUUUUCAGGUAGAACAAUGUCAAAUCUACCCAUCUUUAAUUCCAAGAUGGUCUCGGGCAGUCAUGCACGUAGUAAAGGGAAUUUCAAGAAGGUCUUGGAUGGGCCGGAAAAGAGUCAUUUUGUGGGAGGUUUGCUUUUAAAAACAAUAAAAACCUUGCGAACUGAAUUCAGCAUUGUCUAAAUCCAUGAUUAAAGCUUGAUUUAAUAUUAAACAUCAAGAAAUUUUCAGGAAAUAGCCGCCCAAUCCCCGGAAAUGUUCUCGACUUUGAGCGUUCAUCGUUGCGAAACUACACUCUUCAAUGAAUAUUUCACGUCUUAUGUCAAAAAAUCGGAAUUCAACAGCACAUUGUUAAGAGUUCAAUUUUGCGACGUUGAUAAGGAAGAUAAUAAUGUAAAAAUUUUUGAAAUAUAACUUAAUAAGUCAAUUUUUAGGUUGUCGUUGGAGAACUGGACUAUUGGAUAGAUUCCAACCCGAUUUCUCAGUUUACUCAAUUUGAAAUGGCCCUACCCGCUUUUGCUCCGGUAGUUAUAGGAAAAAUAACGAAAAAAUAACGAACUUCUACAGGAUCUCGGAGAAAUCGACAUUUCCUUGGUUUAUUUGCCCACUGCACAGCGGCUUGUCGUCAAUUCGUGUUCGGCAACGAACUUGAAAUUGGAUGAUGAAUGUAGACGUUGGUUCUAUCAGAAAUAUAAAUUAAAAUGAGAGGCAAUAAGAAAAAAAAAAAUGAGAAAACGGAACUCAUGGGCAUGUGCGCGCCACAGCAAAUCGUUUUGGCUCUUGAGUGAGAUUUACGUCGUUUUUAUUUUUUUUCUCAUUUAUUUUUUUGUUUCUAUCUUCAGAUUAGUUUUCAACGUUAGCUUUUUAUUUAUAAGCACUUUAAUUUAAUCAAAAAAAUGCGGUACUUUUUCUGCAGAUUCUUUUCUGCAAAUUCUCAACAGCCUUGAUUUUUCUCGUUUGAUUUUUUUCUGAAAUUUUUGAGGAAAAAUUUGCCAUUUUUCGAAUUUAUCAUUUCCCUAAUAAAAAUAUCUUUUUUUAACGAUAAUUUCUUAUUUUUUUCAGAGAUCUACAUCCGCGCCUCCCUUUUUGUCGACUCAAAAGUCUUAGAAGUACACAAAACCGAGAGAAGGUAUCUUCAUACAAAAAAUUAUUUCUCUUUCUCCUUCAAUUUUCAAGUCGAAGUUAUCUUGUAGUUUUGAUAAAAUAUCAGCCAACGUGGUCUGAGACUUUUUUUUGGCCUUGUAAAAUGGUUCCAGCGUACUUGAUAACAGUUCAUGUAUAAAAAAAGCGUUUGACAGCUGUCAAAUUUCCCAAAAAACGUGGAAAAGAUAAGGUCUCAUUGUGCUAAUUUUUUACGAUCAUUAUGUUCUUGCAGAAAUCCGAUAACUUUUAGUUCCUGGAUGAGUUCAGAGCACCAAAAUACGGUAUAGAAGCUCUAAAUUCUUUUAGCAAGGUCUUAUUUUUGAAAAUUACCUUUUUGGGGAUUCGAAAGUUUCUCAGAUUCAAGCUAAAAUCUCGAAAUUGAAAAAAAAUUAUUUCAUGAAGUCUAAAAUGAACUUUUCCAGAGGAAAAUGCGCCCGAGCGACAAAAGACGACGGCUUAUUAUUCACGAAGAAGAUGGUUUUUGAUUUGGAUCGUUUAGACCUGCUGGAUUCCUUGUUGCUCAUUCAUGCCGUUCAAAUGAUCAAAGAUAAAAAUGGCCUGGAGAGGUGGGGAAAUUUUCGGUUAAUUUAUGAUAGCUUGUUUAAAGUUUAAAAGCACAUGGAGGUUAAGAGAAAAAGGUUUCUAUAAGCAAAACAUUUUUUGAAAGAAAAUUGGAAAGUUAAGAUUGCUUGCUUAAUAUUUUGAAGCCUGAAAAGCUGCCUGCGAUAAUGAAGAGAUAACUGACAAUAUCUACCGUAACCUCAGGGGAGUCAAAAGGAAUAUUUAAAGGCGCAGGAGGCGCUUGAAAAAAUGUUUCUUGGCGCGGGAUGUACAAAUGUCAUGGAGUUUUAAUACUUCUUGUAAGUCAAAAAUUGGAAAAAAAACUUUUUCAGCUAUAUUUUAUUUAAAAACUCGUUCAUAACUUUUUAGAGAAUUUUUAAAGGCACAGGGAAAAUGGAGAUAAGCUGAUUUGUAAAAAAAAUGAAUCUCGUUGAAUACUCAGGCAAGGGUUUUCUCUUAACCUUCAACUUUUCUGAACUUUAUGAAUUUUAAAGGGAAAAAAAUCGUAAAUGACUAAUUUUUUUGAGAAAUAAGAAGUUUUAACGUUUUUUUCCGAUUUUCAAAAAUUUCUACAAACUUAACUUUUGUAUACUCCGAGACUCAAAAAAUGUCUUUUUUGAAUAUUUUUCGCCUGGGAAACAGGAAAAAUCCGUUUUUCCUGGUUUUAUGGGAGGUCGUUCCAUCUUUGUGUCGCCCUCUCGUGAUUUUCAUUUUAAAGAAAAAAAAUUGUCUGGCGUGUUAUCGCCCAGGGCGCAAAGAUUCUACAUCGUAAGUAGUCACACUCAAAGUUUUGCCAGUGAGAAUUGAUAAAAGGUUAACGAAACAGUUAUGGGAUGAUAAUUACGAAGUUUUAGUUGGGUUUGAUAUUGGAAGAAAUCGUGUUUUAAAACCCAUACAAAACGCUCGGAAAAUUAUUUCGAUCCUUCAUUUUUUUAAAUUUUAUCUCAAAACUAUAUUUUUCAAAUGAAGGUACCGAUCGACUAAGUAAAGGGUAAGUUUUUGGUAUUUUUUUCGUGGGAAUUUGGAAAAAAGGGUUUUUAACAAUAUUCCUUUUAUCAAAAAUUAAUAGCUCAUAAUUUUUUUCUCUCAGAAAACGAGUGAUUGGCCGGGUCGUGGUUUCGCCAGAAGCAGGAGAUCAAUGGAAGAAAAUGCUGGAAACCCCAAGAAGUCAAAUUUCUCAAUUGUAUCGCCUUUCCCCUCCGCUGGUUAAAUGUGCCUAUAAUGAAUAA